AUGUCUUUCAGAACUCCAAAAGCUGUAGGCCAGCUUACAAAACGAGCUUCACAAGCUACCAUUUCUCGCCUCACCAGUAAUACUUCUCCUGCGACAACAUCGUUAUUGCAGAGGAACAGCGCAGACCAAUCCAGAUCUUUUGCGACUCCGGUACCGCCGGUAACACAAGAUGCAACGGGACGGAGGGGACCAACGGCAAUGGUGCUCAUGAAUAUGGGUGGCCCUCAGACUACAGAUGAAGUUGGGGAUUUCUUGAGUAGAUUAUUUGCAGAUGCCGAUUUGAUUCCUCUUGGACGCUUUCAAAACUAUGUUGGCCCUCUGAUUUCGAAACGUCGCACGCCAAAGAUUCAAAAACAAUACGCUGCCAUUGGUGGCGGUUCCCCAAUUCGAAAAUGGUCAGAAUAUCAAGCCGAAGAGAUGUGCAAGCUAUUGGAUAAGAUGUCGCCUGAAACUGCUCCGCAUAAACCUUACGUAGCAUUUAGAUAUGCAAACCCACUCACUGAAGAAAUGUAUAACAAGUUAUUGGCAGAUGGGUUUGGUGGCGGAAAAGGUGGAAGAGCCGUGGCAUUCACACAAUACCCUCAAUACAGUUGUUCGACUACCGGAAGUAGCUUGAACGAAUUAUGGAAGUGGAGACAAAGGCUUGAGGGAAAGGCAGCAGGAAGUCCAAAUGGUAGCGAUGGAACAAUCGAUUGGAGUGUAAUUGAUAGAUGGCCAGCUCACCCAGGUCUUGUUGAAGCUAUUGCACAAAACAUCGAAGCUACUUUGGCGACAUACCCCGAGAAGGAUAGGAAAGACGUCGUGUUACUGUUCUCAGCCCAUAGUUUACCAAUGUCGGUGGUUAAUAGAGGUGAUCCAUAUCCAGCUGAGGUUGCUGCUACAGUCUACGCCGUGAUGCAAAGAUUAGGUCACUCUCAUGCAUAUCGACUUUGCUGGCAAUCACAAGUUGGACCUAGUGCAUGGUUAGGAGCUCAAACAAGCGAUACCGUGGAGGAGUAUGUUAAGAAAGGUCAAACGAAUCUCAUACUUAUUCCCGUCGCAUUCACAUCCGACCAUAUCGAAACACUUUAUGAAUUGGAUGAAGAAGUCAUUGGAGAGUCUGGCCACAAAGAUACCAUCAAGAGAUCCGAAAGUUUGAAUGGUUCUCCAGUAUUCAUCCAAGCACUAGCCGAUAUUGCUAAAGCUCACAUGGAUAGCGGGGUGGCUUGUAGUGUUCAAAUGGGGCUAAGAUGUCCUGGAUGCAAGAGUGAGAAAUGCGCCGAAACUAAGAAAUUCUUUGCUGGACCCGAGAAAGCAUUAGCCGUUUAA